GCGCAGUACCAGACUGGCUCGCUUGACAGAGGCGGGCAGGUUGGAAAUGCUCGCUAUCAUUGUAUUGGCAAGACUGGCCGUCUUCUCUUCUGCAGAGAACAGAUUUAUUGUGUACCCAACCAUUCUGCAAGAGCGCACGACCGGUUCCAGCUUCGUUCUCCAACUCACUGACGAUAUUGUCCUUAAUUUGAAGAAAAGUGACGUGUUGGCAACCAAACUGCUGAUGACUACGAGCCGGGAAGAAGGCAGUCAGACUGAAGAGAUCGAUACGUCUGCUCUUCAAGAAAGUUUGUACCACGACGAAUAUCAUCAGUCUUCUGUGAUCAUGAACAUAAGAGGUCGCACAGCGCAAAUUGAAGGCAUUGUAAACAGCAACCUAAGAAUAAAGCCCCUUCUGAUGGCCAAUCGUACACUUCGAGGUGAAAUGCUCCAUCUCCUUUACGAAGUUCAAGAAAAGACAGAGAGCUUCAUAAAUUUCGGCAGCGGACGAAUUUGGCGACAAAUUUUUAGACAAAUAGCCCACGUCGAAAUAUUCGUCGUAGAGCUUCACAUCGUCUCCGAUAAAGAGCACCAGAAAUAUUUUAAAACGAAGGAGGAUCUUAUUGCAUACAUGGCUGUGAUGACAAACGCAGUGAACUUAAGAUAUCUGGACAUGACGAAACCAAAGAUAAAGUUCAUGCUAGUCGGAGUAACAAGGAGUUUGGAAGAUGGUUUUGCUAAAAUUAUAGACGGUGCUAUUAUUGGGGCAGAAACAUUGGACGGCUUGAUAAAAUAUUACAAAGAAGGAAGAAUCGCUGGUGCCCCUGACAUGGUGCACCUCAUAACUGGCCGAGACAUGGCCCGCUAUGAAGAUGGCGUUCUGGAUAGAAGCUACGACGGAGUUUCAAAUCAAGAUACUGUCUGCACUAAGUACGCAGUCGGCUUAAGUGAAGAUACUGCAACGUCAUUCCUGGGAGUAGCUGUCAUGGCUCACGAACUUGCUCAUGUGUUGGGGGCGGAACACGAUAAUCCUCCAAAGUGCCCGUGGUCAGAAGGAUAUCUCAUGAGUUACCUGGAUGGAGGAGUUAAAAAAUAUCGGCUUUCUCCCUGCACUGUAGAGGAUAUACGCAAUGCUGUGAAGAAACUGCCAUGGCAUUGCACAAUAAUAGUUGCGCUUACGAACUACAUGUCCCGACACAAAGAACUUCCAGGACAAAUUGUUAAUGCGGACCAUUACUGUAGGAAAUAUCUGAAGGUAGAUGACGAGCGAGAGAAGGUCUACUCCGUAAAGACUGAGCGUAGUGCCAAGAAGUGCAAAAUGGAUUGCUGCCAUUCACCGAGCUUUAAAAUAAAAAUAUGCCUGGAAGCUAACAUACCGGAUGGAAUGCAGUGCGUUACGGGGAAGACAUGCCAAAGAGGAGUCUGCGGAAACCACACAUAUAUUCAGCUUUGAAGGUCAUGCUCCUCGGCUAAUGUUAAAAUCCCCAAAGAAACCAACAAAAUCUCCUUUGCCUUGUUUUCUGGGUGCAUGGGGUGGGCAACAAGACCAAUUGUUUGUCUGUGUGCUUCUGGUCGUGUAAGCAUCAUGUGGUAUCUAGUUACCCCUAAAGCUCUUUUUGAAUCCAUUACUCGAUGACCGCAACGGGGAUUCUUCAUUACCUAUACCAGCGAUGAUCUAGUCUUCUUAUUGGUCGUGUAUUCAAUCUUCCACGAUGCUGCGUAUCUAGCAUGGAACCCCGCAGAGCGAAUGGAAGUUGCCCGCACACACAGUUGUGAAGCAAUGCUUCAAAGAACAAUUGUCAAGUAUAUCUGGCAAAAAAAAUGCAAAACUCCUGAUGGCACAAACAAUGCUGUUAACAACAUUCAGUUCUGUGCAGGUUUAGGGGGGCGUGGGAAAUGUGUAUUCCAAACCAAAUUUUCUCCUUCUUUGAAGAGUUAGAUGAGCAAUCCUGCUUAAGUGUAAAAUGUUGCAAUAUCGUAAAAAUGUAGAGGCCCUUUUGUGAUCACACCAACAAAACGACUGCAAAGUCAAGAAAGAUGCCUUGCGUGCUGCAUCUACUGGGAGGAGUCCUAAAGAUUGUCGAUUUUGUUCGUCUUGUUCAUCGCGGCGCCCGUGCGCCUUGUGCAAAAGAAACACACAAUUUGUAUGUAGCAGUAUUUACCAUUUCUCCCAAGUCAUCGACUGCUUUUCUCGGUGUAUGCGAAAGGUUAGACACUUUUAGAAAUCUAUUCGUUUGUUUGAAUAAAAGUACCAAGGCUUUA